AGAACGCGGGGAACCCCCGGGACAUGCGGCGCUUCCAGGUGGUGGUGUCGACGACGGUGAGCGUGGACGGCCACGUGCUGGCCGUGUCCGACAACAUGUUCGUGCACAACAACUCCAAGCACGGGCGGCGGGCACGGCGCCUCGACCCCUCCGAAGGUGAGCGCCCGAGCACGCGCACACGGGGCAUGCACACACACACACACACACACACACACGUGUGCACAAGGCUCAUGCACACCCAGAGCCACGCUCGCUCUGCUGGACGUGGGGCUGGGUCUGGAGGAGGUGUCCCCAGGGCGUGGGGGUCCCGCCCUCCCCAGGGGUCCUGGUGCAGCCCCACAACUGUGUGUGCCCCACGGGGUCAGGGCAGCCCCAGCUGCGCCCCGGGCUUUGUGCCGUGUCCGUUUGUCUGGCCGUCCACGUGGCACGCACCGUUUCCCCCUGUGGCCGCCGUGCGUAUGCAUCUCCUGUCCGUCCCUUUGUCCGUCUGUCUGUCUGGUGCCUCCAGGCUGCUCUGCCCUCACGUGUCCCCUCUCCAUCCGUGUGUCGGUGACAUCCGUCCGUGUCCGUCUGUCUGCACUCAGUGCCCACCCAACGCGUUUGCUCCCUCUGUCCGACUGCCCCCCAGCAGCACUGUCCCUGUCCCCCCCAGCCCAUGCCAUGUGUGCUGUCCCUCUGUCUGCAUCCAUCUGUCCUUCCAGGCGCUCUCCUUCCUAUAACGCCGUCCCCAUCCCUGUGGCACCGUCCCUGUCCCCUGUGUGCCGUCCGUCUGUCCAUCCGUGCACUCUCUCCCCCCUGCGGCACCGUCCCCAUCCCCGUGCCGUGCACAGCGUCCGUCCGUCCCUCUGUGCACU